AUGGUGAUAUUCAGACAGACUCCGACCGAGACAAUUGGUGAUAUUCAGACAGACUCCGACCGAGACAACUCUCAUGACAAAUACAUAGAAAGAAAUUUUUGGGGUUAUGUUAAAAACGUUUUAAAUAAGGAAGAUACUGUGUUCCCAUCCUUCAGCAUGACAGAAUGUGCGGUUUAUUUUACUAAAACCUUAGCUGCAGUUCACCCUGGCAAACUGUUUCAUAUUCCUAGCUGGAUUCCUAGGUUAUCUGAUCCACAAGUGCAAUUUGACCUUGACCCGCCUUCUUACCAACAAGUUACUGCUGUUAUUCGUAAAAUGAAAGCAUCUGGUUCUCCUUGUCCUCUCGAUCAAAUAUCAAUUAUAUGCUUUAAGCGAUGUCCUUACGUAAGAACUUAUUUAACUGAACUAAUACGCGCCAUCUGGCUUUCAGGAUCUAUCCCGAGUGAAUGGAAAAAAGCUUGCACUAUACUUAUUCAUAAGAAAGGCAACACGAGUAUUCCCUCAAAUUUCCGACCGAUCACACUCGAAUCUAUACCGCUUAAAGUAUUUACAUCAUGUCUACGUAACGCAAUGUACUCCUUUCUCACCGCCAAUAACUUUAUAGAACAUAACAUACAAAAAGGCUUCACCCCGAAUCUGUCUGGUACUAUGGAACAUACUGCGCAAAUGGCUAAUAUAAUCAACAAAGCUCGGAUAAAACAACGUUCACUUGUCAUCACACUACUUGACCUCAAAAACGCUUUUGGAGAAGUUCAUCAUAACUUAAUCCAAUCCGUCCUUGGCUAUCAUCACAUCCCUAAUCUCAUGAAUAAUUUAAUAAAAAGCUUAUACACUGAUUUUAAAACUUCCGUAAUUACUUCUGAGUUCCGUACCCAUUUUAUACCUGUUGGCCGUGGUGUUUUGCAAGGUGACUGUCUUAGUCCUCUACUAUUUAAUAUGUGUUUCAACACAUAUAUUCAACAUAUCAAAGCUGAAAAGUACCGCCUGUUCGGUUUCUCCCUCCAACUCCUUAAUCCAAUCCACUCGUUUCAGUUUGCCGAUGAUGCUGCGGUUAUUACUGGUCAGGAGUCGGAAAAUCAACAUCUCCUUAAUCGAUUCUCUAUCUGGUGCCAAUGGUCCAACAUGGUUGUUAGAGUUGAUAAAUGUAGCACAUUUGGCAUAAAAAAAGUUUUAUCAAAAUCUGCCCAGUACCUGCCGAAGCUUUUGAUCAAUAAGGAUCUCAUACCAACGAUUAAGACCGGACAAAAAUUUGAGUAUUUGGGACGACACUUCGACUUUAGCAUGACUAAUGAAAAACAUAAAACUAAACUGAUCUCCCUCAUUGAUGAACUAAUGUCCGAAACAGAUCUUAAACCUCUUCACCCAAAAAACAAAAUUUUACUUUACAGUCGUUAUGUUUUGUCGAAACUAUCCUGGCAUUUUACUGUUGCUACAAUAUCUAAAACUUGGGUAGUCGAAAAUAUCGAUUCUCCGGUGAACAAGUACGUCUGAAAAUGGCUGGAAGUCCCUAUAUCUGGAGCAUUAAGUAACAUCUUUCUAACCCGUAAUAAGUUUGGUCUAAAUAUCAUCCCUGCAUCCGUCAAGUUCAUUCAGUGUCAAACAGUUCUACGCAAUGCCCUAAAAACAUCUCCAAACGAUUCAAUUAACGAACUGUGGAAGUCAACUAAUAAUCAUACUAACAUUCAAUACGAUAGCUACAAUUCAACUAAAGAAGUUUUAAAAACGUUCCAUUCUCAACAAGAAAAUAAACUUAGGGACCGUUUGAAAUGUCAAGGUUCCUUUUUCGAAAAUGUUUCUAAAUUCUCCCUAUCACAACUUAACGCAAUCUGGUCGGUAUCGCAAUUAAAGCUACCAAAGAACAUUUUCAACUUUACAAUUCGCUAUAUGAAUAAUACCCUUCCUACCCGAAAGAACCUCAGUAGAUGGGGAAUUUCAUCAAGUUCUGACUGCUCGUUCUGCUUACACCCUGAAUCACUUCUGCACGUUGUUGCCGGUUGUCAACAUUACUUGGAACGAUUUACUUGGAGACACGAUUGCAUACUAAAGUUUCUUGCAAAAACCUUUCAAAGUUUAAACGAAUGCAAAUUACUUGUUGAUCUUCCUGGAUUUGAAAGCCCCUCGAUUAGUACGGGUGAUGAAUAUCGUCCUGAUUUACUUGUCUCCACUUCAGACAAACACCUCUACGUUGUUGAACUUACCGUAGGCUUUGAAUCAAACCUCACAAACAAUGUUAACCGCAAGAAAGCUAAAUAUAAGAACCUAAUUAGAGAACUAGAUCAAAACUUUACAUCUGUUAAAUUUAUAAAUCUUUCAGUCAGUUCGUUAGGGGUGUUUGACAAAGAAUGCCAUACAUUCGUAAAAAUGCUAAAUGAGUUAGGACUGGAUAAUCAACACCAACAAUAUUGUAUCAGAAAAAUGAUAUCUAUUGCCAUCCGAUCAACGUACUACAUAUUUUGCUGUAGAAAUAAAGAAUGGACAAAUCCCGAACUAAUGAACAUUUAAAGUAACUAUUUCUAUAAAUAAUUAACAAUUUUUGUAUAUAAAACUAUAACCACGUAUAAGUGAUUCAAGUAGUCAAUUGUAGGUUACCUCAAGAAGUGAGAUUUACAAUUGUAUAUAUCUAUAAAUGUUGUAUUAAUAAAGUUUUCAUGUUGUAUUAAUAAAGUUUUCAUUAUUAUUAUUAUUAUUAUUAUUAUUAUUAUUAUUAUUAUUAUUAUUAUUAUUAUUAUUAUUAUUAUUAUUAUUAUUAUUAUUAUUAUUAUUAUUAUUAUUAUUAUUAUUAUUAUUAUUAUAAUUACCAGUAUUGCUGAUAAGAUAAAGAUAAGCGAAGUUUUAAAACCAACUGAUGCGGGAAUCUUCCCAGAUCAUAGCCUAAUCAUGUUUGAUCUAAUCAGGACAUGCAAUCCAUUACCAAAAGUAAAAAGAUCUAUAUUUAAUUAUCGUCGAGCUGACUUUGAUGGUCUACGAGCACAUCUUCGAUCACUUAGCCUCAAGGAGAAAAUAUCUGAUCAUGGUGAUAUUAAUAAAGAUUGGUCGGAAUGGAAAGAUUCGUUUCUUGCGGCGGUGAAGCAGUUCGUUCCAACCUGCAAAUUUAAAAGGUCGAAAGUCUCUUCCUUGGAUGAAUAG